AUGACAUCGGUCGUUGAAGAACGUGCGAACAGCUUGGGAUUUCUCGUGCGUGUCUUCCGCGAGAAAGGCAUCGGGAGCGGGGUCCACUCGGUCGAGUGUUCGCUCACCGGCUUCCGCGAAGCUCCUGAGCUUCAAUCUGAACCGUUUCCUACGACAAGCAACGAGUUCAGCAUGAUUUGGCCACGCGACGACGCUUCGGUGCGCGAGGCAUUCAAGAACGACAUUGACAAUGUGCAUCUGCUGUACGACUACGAUGCCGAGAACCCCGAGACGGGCGCACCGGAAAAGUGGCGCUACGAAAUGUGGUUCCGCUCGGAAAAUCGCAUUGUCUACGCCAUCCAUGGAGGACCGAUGGCGGGUCGACUGAACUAUCAGACUGCCGACUACCAGUGCAUCCGACCGGGUGAGCUGUGGCAAUGCAACUGGCUCGAAGAGACGGGAACGACUUGCUCGUUGGUGUACGACAUCAAGAAGCAAAAGAUCACCACCAUGCUCAACUUUUCCAAGGGCCACUGGGAGAAGCCGCAGGAGGCGCAUGGCGAUAAGCGCAACCCGGAAGACUUUGAGCGAUGGCGCAACCUCGCCAAGAUCGGAAUCCAGACCGACCGACACAUCCUCAACGACCAGGCCACCAUCCUCGAAUCCUUCCGCGGUGCUGGCGACCUCAAGGACAUCGACCUCAACGCUCCCACCCUCUAG